GCCCUGAGUUGCAGCGGGAGCGAGAGCUCUGCCAUCGCCGACAUGGAGUCCGACCCGCCCAAGCUCUUCGUGGACCGCCUCUCGCAGCCCAGCCGCACCUGCCUGAUCUUCUGCAGGGUUGCGGGCAUCCCGUUUGAGGAGAAGGUCGUGACCCUGGGCAAAAAGGAGCAGCUGCGGCCCGAGUUCCUGGCCGUCAACCCGCUGGGCAAGGUGCCCGCGCUGCAGGACGGCGCCUUCUGCCUGCCCGAGAGCUCCGCCAUCCUCAAGUACCUGUGCGGCAGCCGGCGGGCGGCAGACCACUGGUACCCCCGCGACCUGCGCGCCCGCGCCCAGCUGGAUGCCGUCAUGGCCUGGCACGCGUCCUCGCUGCGCAUCGGCUCCAUGCUGGUGGUGUGGAACCGAGCCAUCAGCCUCAACCUGGGCUUCCCCAGCAACGAGCCGCUGGUCACCUCUUACGGCCUGCCCACCCUCGUGACGGCGCUCGAGCACCUGGAGCGCGUGUGGCUGAGGGAGGGGCCGUUUGUGGCGGGGCGGCGCCAGCUCAGCGUCGCCGACCUGCUGCUGGUGUGUGAGGUGGAGCAGCUGUGCCUGCUGGAUGGGGCCACACAGGGCCCCGGCAUGGCCGAGCUGCUGGCGCCCCACCCGCGGGUGCAGGCCUGGCUGCAGCGCGUGCGCCAGGAGUGCGCGCCGCACUACGACGAGGUGCACGCCCUGCUGCGCAAAUCCAGGGACAGGCUGGUGGCGCGCAAGCAGCAGGCCGGCAGCAAGCUGUGAGCGCCAGCGGCGGGCGGCCUGCUCCUCCCCCGAGUUCAGCCCGCGCAUCAUCUGGGCAGGUUUGGAGCCAGCCUGCGGACUCUGCUUCGAGCCUGGCACACAGUUUUGCAGCCCUGCACAGCUUCUCUUCCACUCCUGUUCUGCCUGCCAUAGUGUUCUGCCUGGAAGGAAAAGCUCGUCUUAAAGUAAGCUUGAUGUCAAAUACCUCCCUCG